AUGCCGAGCGCUGAGGAGCCAACCGCGCGCGCGGCGGAGACCCGGGAUGAGGAGCCUGGCGCCGACCCGCGGCUGCCACUCCUGGGGGCCUACGUGGUCCGGAGCUUGCGGCCUGCAGCUGGCGCCUGGGAGCGCUGCGUGGGGACGGCUGAGGCGGAGCGGCUGCUCGGGGCCUUCCUGGGCCGCGACGCUGAGGAGGGGCCUAGGCCUGUGCUGCUGGUGCGGCCGGGGCCCGGGGGUCUGGAGAUGCAACGUGGGCUGGACCCGGGUUCCGAGAGUGGCCCCCACGCUCGCGCUAAGGGGCUUUUCUUCUUGCGCACCAGGCCCGAGCCGCCAGGGCCCGACAGCCUCCGCGGGGCAGUGCUGUGCGGGGACCUGCCCGCGGCGCCGCUGGAGCACCUGGCCGCGCUCUUCUCUGAGAUUGUCUUACCCAUCCUGGCCAAUGAGAAGAAUUGCUUAGACUGGCCUCCCAUGGUGUGUCAAGAUGUCAGACGGCAUGCCAACACCCUCCAGAGCGAUCUCCUGGUUAUUCUGGAACAACUGAAGGGGAAAACACUGCUCCCCCUUCCAGCAGGCUCAGAAAAAGUGGAGUCUAUGGAUUUUGAAAACGAGACAGACUUGGGUUCCAUAGACAAGUCAGUCAUCUAUGACUUGGAGUCUGCAGUGAUCCGAUGGAGUCACCAGGUACAGCUGGUGCUCAAAAGAGAGUCUUCUCAGCCACUUGUACAAGGGGAGCAUCCCACACCAAAGGUGGAGCUGGCGUUCUGGAAGAAAAGGUCUGAGGAUUUGGAAUAUAUUUACAACCAACUGAGAACCGUCGAGGAAAAGGGUAUAACCAGGCUCCUGGACAAGCUUCGGAGCAGCUACCUUCCAGCAUUCAAAACCAUGUGCAGAGAUAUUGCAGCAGCUCUGAUGGAAGCACAGGACAUCCACGUGCACCUGCUGCCUCUCCAGCACCACCUGGAAACCCUGGAGAGCAUAGAAUUUCCCAAGGUGAAGCCCCGGCUGCCACCUCUGCUUCAUGUGGUGUGUCUGAUCUGGGCCACCUGCAAGGGCUACCGCUCCCCAGGGAGGCUCACAGUGCUGCUCCAGGAGAUUUGCAACCUUCUCAUUAAACAGGCCUCUGCAUACCUGAGCCCAGAAGACCUCCUGAAAAGUGAAGUAGAAGAAAGUCAGAGAAAACUAGAAGUCGUUUCAGACACCUUGACUUUUUUUAAGCAGGUGUUUCAGAACAGAAGAGAGAAUCUCCCUACUUAUUUCAAAGAAAGCCAACAAGUCAAGGAUUGGGAUUUCCAGUCUUCCUUGGUCUUUGCACACCUGGACAGCUUCCUGGGACGGAUGCACAUGGUGGCGGAUCUUCUGAAGACAGCCUUGGAUUUCCACAAACUGGGAAAGCUUGAGUUCAGUGGCAUCCGAGGGAAUGCCCUGAGUCAGCUAGUGCAACAGAUGUAUGAGGAAUUUCAGGAGAUGUACAAGGUCUUCUCAGAGUCCUGCUAUGACUGCUUGGAUCCCCAAAACAUGGAAUUUGAAACUGACAUCUCCAAAUUUAAGCAGAGAGUGGAAGACCUUGACCGAAGACUGGGGACUAUCUUCAUUCAAGCUUUUGAUGAUGCACCUGGAUUGGAGCAUGCUUUUAAGCUGCUGGACAUUGCAGGAAACCUGCUUGAGAGACCACUCGUUGCACAGGAAGCUUCUGGGAAAUACCUGGUCCUCAUUCAAAUGUUCAGCAAAGACCUAGAUGUGGUGCGAACCAUCCACAGUGAGCAUGUCCAAAAGGAGGCAGAGCUCGGGUUCUCCUCCGUGCACAAGAACAUGCCUGCCGUGGCCGGGGGCCUCCGCUGGGCACAGGACCUGAGGCAGCGCAUCCAGGGUCCCUUCAGCAACUUCAGCCGCAUCCUACAUCCCUGCAUGAAAUCUGCCGAAGGAAAGAGGAUGAUACAAAAAUACGAAGACACACUCUCCAUGCUGGACAAGUAUGAGACAAGGCUCUAUGAGGACUGGUGUCAGACAGUGUCAGAGAAGUCUCAGUACAAUCUCUCCCAGCCACUUCUGAAACGAGACCCAGAGACAAAGCUCAUGCUCGUCAACUUUAACCCGCAGCUGACUUCAGUGCUGAAGGAAAUGAGCUAUCUGCAGCCCAGGCAGAUGAGGCCCAUCCCGGAGACGGCAGCAGCCAUGUUCUCCUCCAGGGAGUUUUAUCGGCAGCUCGUGGCUCAUUUGGAGCUAAUGACCAAUUGGUACAACAAGGUUAUGAAGACCCUGCUAGACGUGGAAUUUCCACUAGUGGAGCAAGAGUUGCAAAAUAUCGAUCUCCGCCUGAGAGCAGCAGAGGAGACUCUGAACUGGAAAACAGAAGGCAUUUGGGAUUAUGUCAUUCAAGUUACCAACAGUAUCCAUGAUCUUGAGCGACGAAUUCAGAAGACUAAAGACAACGUGGAGGAGAUUGAAAGCAUCGUGAAAACGUGGGUGACUCCAAUAUUUAAGAGAAAAGAUGGGAAAAAGGAAAGUCUGCUUUCUCUGGAGGAUCAACACGAUCGAAUGGAAAAAUACUACAACCUUAUCGAAGAAUCUGGCCUUAAGAUUCACGCUCUUGUUCGGGAAAACCUGGAUCUGUUUUCAGCAGACCCAACCUCCAAUACCUGGAACACUUAUGUUAACUGUAUUGAUCAAAUGUUGCUGGAUGGAUUCUUUUUUGCCAUUGAGUGCUCCCUCAAGUACCUCCUGGAGAACACUGAGUGCAAGGCAGGACUCAACCCCAUAUUUGAAGUGCAAAUGAGCCUAGCCAUCCCAGAACUCGUUUUCUGUCCGUCUCUGGAGUCUGGGGCCAAGGGGGGCUUCUAUGACAUCGUCGAAGGCCUCGUCAGCAGCAUUUUCAGGAUCUCCUCUCUGGUGCCAAGACUCUCCCCACACAACAGCUCUCCUCACUACCAGGCCGAGCUGGAGGCCAUGGCCGAUCUGGCGAACCUGCGCAGUGUGCUCAUGGAGCGGGUGAAGGGUGUAAUGGCGCUUUGCUGCGGCUACCGGAACAGCUUCAGCCAGUAUGCUGGCCUCUACGUGGAGGACCGCAGAGAGACCCUGGGCCAGUUCCUGCUGUACGGGCAUGUCCUCACGCCAGAGGAGGUGGAAGCCCACGCCGCUGAGGAAGGCAAGAGCAUCCCGGAGACUCCGCCCCUCCUGCACCAGUUCAAAGCACAGAUCGACUCCUACGAAAAGCUCUAUGAGGAGGUGUGUGGGCUGGAGCCCGUCAAGGUGAUGGACGGUUGGUUGAAGAUGGACGUGCGGCCUUUUAAGGCGUCUCUGCUGAAUGUGAUUAAGAAGUGGAGCCUCACGUUCAAACAGCAUCUCGUUGACUGUGUCACUAACAGCUUGGCCGACCUUGAAGAGUUCAUAACAAAUAGUGAAAGUGGCUUGCUCAAGAAAGUCGAAAAAGGAGAUUUCCAAGGGCUGGUUGAGAUUAUGGGCCACCUUGUGGCUGUUAAAGAACGGCAGAGUGGCACUGAUGAAAUGUUUGAGCCCCUAAAGCAAACUAUCGAAUUGCUGAAGACCUACGAGCAAGAAUUGCCAGAAACGGUGUUUAGCCAGCUAGAGGAGCUGCCUGAGAAAUGGAACAACAUAAAAAAGAUGGCCAUCACUGUGCGGCAGCAGGUGGCCCCACUGCAGGCGAAUGAAGUGGCCGUCCUCCGCCAGAAAUGCACAGCCUUUGACUCUGAACAGCAGCGCUUCUGGGAGCGAUUCCGCAAAGAAGCCCCCUUCAGAUUUGACAGCCUGCACCCUCAUCAGACGCUGGAUGCCAGACACAUGGAGAUCCAGCAGAUGGAAUCCAUCAUGGCCUCCAUUGCUGAGUCGGCUAGCCUGUUCGAGGUCAAUGUUCCUGACUAUAAGCAGCUGCGGCAGUGCCGCAAGGAAGUCUGCCAGCUGAAAGAGCUCUGGGACACCAUCGGAAUGGUGACCUCCAGCAUCCGUGCCUGGGAGACCACCCGGUGGCAGGACAUCAACGUGGAGGCCAUGGAAUUGGAAUGCAAAAGGUUCACCCGGCACAUCCGGAACCUCGACAAGGAGGUCAGGGCCUGGGACGCAUUCACAGGCCUGGAGAGCACUGUGUUGAACACCCUGACCUCCCUGAGGGCAGUGGCUGAGCUGCAGAAUCCGGCCAUCCGGGAGCGGCACUGGAGGCAGCUGAUGCAGGCCACGGGUGUGAGCUUCACCAUGGACGAGAGCAUCACCCUGGCACACCUCCUGCAGCUCCAGCUGCACCACUUUGAAGACGAGGUCCGGGGCAUUGUGGACAAAGCCGUGAAAGAGAUGGCCAUGGAAAAGACCCUCCGGGAGCUGCAGACCACAUGGGCUGGCAUGGAGUUCCAGUACGAGCCCCACCCACGGACCCACGUCCCCCUGCUGCGGUCCGAUGAGGAUCUCAUUGAAGUUCUAGAGGAUAACCAGGUCCAACUCCAGAACCUGAUGACAUCCAAGUACAUUGCUUUCUUCCUGGAGGAAGUGUCAGGCUGGCAGAAGAAGUUGUCCACAGCUGACGCAGUCCUCUCGCUCUGGUUCGAGGUGCAACGAGCCUGGUCUCACCUAGAAAGCAUAUUCAUCGGCUCUGAAGAUAUCCGGGCUCAGCUACCCCAGGAUUCUAAAAGAUUUGAAAGUAUCGACCUGGAUUUUAAAGAGUUAGCUUAUGAUGCUCAGAAAACUCCAAAUGUAGUGGAAGCAACCAACAAACCUGGCCUGUAUGAGAAGCUGGAGGAUAUUCAGAGCAGGUUGUGCCUGUGUGAGAAGGCCCUGGCAGAGUACCUGGACACCAAGAGACUGGCCUUCCCUCGGUUCUACUUUCUCUCCUCUUCAGAUCUGUUAGACAUCCUGUCCAACGGCACGGCUCCACAGCAGGUUCAGCGCCACCUUUCCAAACUCUUUGACAACAUGACCAAGAUGCAGUUCCAGCUGGAUGGUAGUGAGAAACCUACCAAGAUCAGUCUCGGCAUGUACAGCAAAGAAGACGAGUAUGUGGCCUUCAGCGAGCCCUGUGACUGCAGUGGGCAGGUAGAAAUUUGGCUGAACCGUGUGCUUGUGCACAUGAAGGCGACUGUGAGGCACGAGAUGACAGAAGGUGUCACUGCAUAUGAAGAGAAGCUGAGGGAACAAUGGCUGUUUGACUACCCGGCCCAGGUGGCCUUGACCUGCACUCAGAUCUGGUGGACGACAGAAGUAGGCAUUGCAUUUGCCAGGCUGGAGGAAGGCUAUGAGAGUGCCAUGAAAGACUAUUACAAGAAGCAAGUGGCCCAGCUAAAGACACUCAUCACCAUGCUGGUUGGCGAGCUGUCCAAGGGGGACCGGCAGAAGAUCAUGACCAUAUGCACCAUCGAUGUGCAUGCUCGGGAUGUUGUGGCCAAGAUGAUCGCUCAGAAGGUGGACAAUGCCCAGGCUUUCCUCUGGCUGUCCCAGUUGCGCCACCAUUGGGAUGAUGAGACCAAACACUGCUUUGCAAACAUCUGCGAUGCCCAGUUCUUGUAUUCCUACGAAUACCUGGGGAACACCCCUCGCCUGGUGAUCACACCUUUGACUGACAGGUGCUACAUAACCCUCACCCAGUCUCUGCACCUGACCAUGAGUGGGGCUCCAGCAGGACCGGCAGGCACAGGCAAGACCGAGACCACCAAGGACCUAGGCCGAGCACUGGGCAUCAUGGUGUACGUCUUUAACUGCUCAGAACAGAUGGACUACAAGUCUUGUGGCAACAUCUACAAAGGCCUUGCUCAAACUGGUGCAUGGGGCUGUUUUGAUGAGUUCAAUCGAAUCUCUGUGGAAGUCUUGUCAGUGGUGGCAGUACAGGUCAAAAGUAUCCAAGAUGCAAUUAGAGACAAGAAGCAGCGGUUCAACUUCCUCGGGGAAGAGAUUAGCCUGGAUCCAUCCGUGGGCAUCUUCAUCACCAUGAACCCAGGCUAUGCGGGCCGCACGGAGCUGCCUGAGAACCUCAAGGCACUCUUCAGGCCCUGUGCAAUGGUUAUUCCAGACUUCGAGUUGAUUUGUGAAAUCAUGCUGGUAGCAGAAGGAUUCGUUGAAGCCCGGGUGUUAGCUAGAAAGUUCAUCACUCUCUACAAGUUGUGCAAAGAGCUUCUCUCCAAACAGGAUCACUACGACUGGGGCCUUCGGGCCAUCAAGUCAGUGCUGGUGGUGGCAGGGUCCCUGAAGCGAGGGGACCCUGACCGGCCUGAGGACCAAGUCCUGAUGCGCUCCCUGCGUGACUUCAACAUCCCCAAAAUCGUGACGGACGACAUGCCCGUGUUCAUGGGACUGAUCGGGGACCUCUUUCCUGCCCUGGACGUCCCGCGCCGGAGAGACUUCCAGUUUGAAGCUUUGGUGAGAAAGGCGGUGGUGGAACUGAAGCUCCAGGCUGAGGAGAACUUUGUGCUCAAGGUGAUCCAGCUGGAGGAGCUCCUGGCCGUCCGGCACUCUGUGUUUGUGGUGGGCGCCGCUGGUACGGGCAAGUCUCAGGUGCUGAGGUCGCUGCACAAGACCUAUCAAAUCAUGAGACGCCGCCCUGUCUGGACGGACCUCAACCCUAAAGCAGUCACCAACGAUGAGCUCUUCGGCAUCAUCAACCCAGCCACGCGAGAGUGGAAAGAUGGACUGUUCUCAUCCAUCAUGCGGGAGCUUGCCAACCUCACCCACGAGGGACCCAAGUGGAUUGUACUGGAUGGUGACAUAGACCCAAUGUGGAUUGAGUCUCUGAAUACUGUCAUGGAUGACAACAAGGUGCUGACUCUGGCGAGCAAUGAGAGGAUUCCCCUUAACCCCACAAUGAAACUCCUUUUUGAGAUCAGCCACCUGCGCACGGCCACCCCAGCAACUGUCUCCAGAGCAGGGAUCCUAUACAUCAACCCAGCAGACCUGGGAUGGAAUGCUCCAGUGAGCAGCUGGAUCGACCAGAGGGAGCUCCAGACAGAGAGAGCCAACCUGACCAUCCUGUUUGACAAAUAUCUUCCCAUCUGCUUAGACACACUCAGAACCAGGUUUAAGAGAAUCAUUCCAAUCCCGGAGAGCAGCAUGGUUCAGAUGGUGUGCUACCUUCUUGAAUGUCUCCUAACCAAGGAGGCCAUUCCUGUGGACUGCCCCAAGGACAUCUACGAGCUUUAUUUUGUUUUUGCUGCCAUCUGGGCUUUUGGUGGAGCAAUGAUCCAAGAUCAGCUUGUGGACUACCGGGCAGAGUUCAGCAAAUGGUGGCUGACGGAGUUCAAGACAGUCAAGUUUCCUUCCCAGGGCACCGUCUUUGACUAUUACAUAGACCCAGAGACCAAGAAAUUCGAGCCAUGGUCCAAGCUCAUCCCCCGGGUUGAAUUUGAUCCUGAGAUGCCCUUACAGGCCUGUUUAGUGCACACCAAUGAGACCAUCCGAGUGUGCUACUUCAUGGAGCGGCUCCUGGCACACCGGCGGCCAGUCAUGCUGGUGGGCACAGCAGGCACAGGCAAGUCAGUGCUGGUGGGAGCCAAGCUAGCCGGCCUUGAUCCCGAGGACUACCUGGUGAAAAAUGUGCCAUUCAACUACUAUACAACAUCAGCGAUGCUGCAGGCUGUACUGGAGAAGCCUCUGGAAAAGAAAGCAGGAAGAAACUAUGGCCCCCCAGGUAGCAAGAAGCUGAUCUAUUUCAUUGACGACUUGAACAUGCCCGAGGUGGACAGUUACGGCACUGUGCAGCCCCACACCCUCAUCAGGCAGCACCUGGACUAUGGUCACUGGUACGAUCGGAACAAGCUGUCCCUGAAGGAGAUCAUGAAUGUGCAGUAUAUUUCCUGUAUGAACCCAACUGCAGGCAGCUUCACCAUCAACCCACGGCUUCAGCGUCACUUCUGCGUGUUCGUCCUCUCCUUCCCGGGAGCAGAUGCCCUCUCCUCCAUCUAUAGUACCCUCCUGACUCAGCACCUGCAGCUGGGAAACUUCCCAGCCUCCCUGCACAAGGCUGUCCCCCAGCUGAUCCAGCUGGCCCUCACGUUCCACCAGAAAAUCGCCACCACAUUCCUGCCCACAGCCAUGAAAUUCCACUAUAUCUUCAAUCUCAGAGAUUUUGCCAACAUCUUCCAGGGCAUUCUCUUCUCCUCAGUGGAAUGUGUAAAAUCAGCACAUGACCUCGUCAGGCUGUAUCUGCAUGAAUCCAACCGGGUUUAUCGGGAUAAGAUGGUGGAAGAAAAGGACUUUGAACUCUAUGAUAAAAUCCAGUCGGAAGUACUUAAGAAAAUUGUGGAUGACACUGAAGAGGUGGCGAAACAGAUCCAAGGCCCGAACGUGUAUUGCCACUUUGCAAAUGGAAUUGGUGAGCCCAAAUACAUGCCUGUCCAGUCCUGGGAACUUUUGACCCAGACUUUGGUGGAAGCCUUGCAGAACCACAACGAAGUCAACACGGUGAUGGACCUGGUUCUCUUUGAGGAUGCCAUUCACCACGUCUGUCACAUCAGUCGCAUCUUGGAGUCCCCCAGGGGAAACGCACUGCUGGUUGGCGUUGGUGGCAGCGGCAAGCAGAGUCUGACCAGACUGGCGGCAUUCAUCAGCUCCAUGGAUGUUUUCCAAAUCAGUCUACGCAAAGGCUACCAGAUCCUGGACUUCAAGGCGGACCUGGCCAGCCUGUGCCUGAAGGUCGGGGUGAAGAAUCAGAGCACAGUGUUUCUCAUGACUGACACCCAAGUGGCCGACGAGCGGUUCCUUGUGCUCAUCAAUGACCUCUUGGCAUCUGGAGAGAUCCCAGAUCUUUACUCCGAUGAUGAAGUUGAAAACAUCCUAAGCAGUGUGAGGAAUGAAGUCAAGAGCCAAGGUCUGACGGACAACAGAGAGAACUGCUGGAAGUUCUUUAUAGACAGGCUCCGCCGACAGCUGAAGGUGACUCUGUGCUUCUCACCCGUGGGGGACAAGCUGAGGGUCCGCAGCCGGAAGUUCCCAGCCAUUGUGAACUGCACAGCCAUCGACUGGUUCCACGAAUGGCCUCAGCAGGCACUAGAGUCUGUCAGCUUCCGCUUCUUGCAGAACACAGAGAACAUUGAGCCUACAGUCAAGCAGUCAAUCAGCAAAUUCAUGGCUUUUGUCCACUCAAGUGUCAACAAAACAUCCCAGUCCUAUUUGAGCAAUGAGCAACGCUACAACUGCACAACCCCCAAGUCCUUCCUGGAGUUCAUCAGGCUCUACCAGAGCCUACUGUACAGGAAUAGCAAAGAUCUCAAGUCCAAAAUGGAGCGGCUUGAAAACGGGCUGCUCAAGCUCGACAGCACCUCUGCCCAGGUGGAUGCCCUGAAAGCCAAGCUGGCCACCCAGGAAGUGGAGCUGAAGCAGAAGAACGAAGAUGCGGACAAGCUGAUCCGCGUGGUAGGCGUGGAGACGGAAAAAGUGAGCCGAGAGAAGGCUGUGGCCGACGAGGAGGAGCAGAGGGUGGCCCUCAUCAUGCUGGAGGUGGAGCGCAAGCGGAAGGACUGUGAGGAAGACCUGGCCAAAGCAGAGCCGGCGCUCACAGCGGCCCAGGAGGCUCUCAACACCCUCAACAAGACCAACCUGACAGAGCUGAAGUCCUUUGGGGCCCCACCCCAGGCUGUCAGCAAUGUCAGUGCCGCAGUGAUGGCACUCAUGGCCCCUGGGGGCAAGGUGCCCAAGGAUCGGAGCUGGAAGGCUGCGAAGGUCACCAUGGCCAAAGUGGACAGCUUCCUGGAUGCCCUCCUCAACUUCGACAAAGAGAACAUCCACGAGAACUGCCUCAAAGCCAUCAGGCCGUAUCUGCAAGACCCUGAGUUCAAUCCCGAGUUCGUGGCCACCAAGUCCUACGCGGCUGCGGGCCUCUGCUCAUGGGUCAUCAACAUCGUGAGGUUCUACGAGGUAUUCUGUGAUGUGGAACCCAAGCGCCAAGCACUGAGUAAAGCCACCAUGGACCUCACAGCUGCCCAGGAGAAGCUGGCAGCCAUCAAAGCCAAGAUCUCUCACCUCAAUGGAAACCUAGCCAAGCUCACAGCCAAGUUUGAGAAAGCCACAGCGGACAAACUCAAAUGUCAGCAAGAAGCUGAGGCGACCGCAAACACCAUCUCCCUUGCCAACCGCCUGGUUGGAGGACUGGCUUCAGAAAACGUGAGAUGGGCAGAGGCUGUGCAGAACUUCAAACAGCAGGAAAGCACGCUGUGUGGAGACAUCUUACUUACUACAGCUUUUAUCUCAUACCUCGGCUUCUUUACAAAGCAAUACCGGCAGAACCUCCUGGAUGGGACCUGGAGACCCUACCUGAGCCAGUUGAAAGUCCCCAUCCCUGUCACCCCGGGCCUGGAUCCCCUGAGGCUGCUGAUGGAUGAUGCUGACGUGGCUGCCUGGCAAAACGAGGGCCUUCCUGCAGACCGCAUGUCCCUGGAGAAUGCCACCAUCCUCCUCCACUGCGAGCGCUGGCCGCUCAUGGUGGACCCUCAGCUGCAAGGCAUCAAGUGGAUCAAGAACAAAUACGGAGAUGACCUCCGAGUCACUCAGAUUGGCCAGAAGGGCUACCUUCAAAUCAUAGAGCAUGCCCUGGAAGCUGGAGAUGUGGUGCUGAUUGAAAACCUGGAGGAAUCCAUGGAUCCCGUUCUGGGGCCGCUGCUCGGGAGAGAAGUCAUUAAAAAAGGACGAUUCAUUAAAAUUGGAGAUAAAGAGUGUGAAUACAAUCCCAGGUUCCGGCUCAUCCUUCAUACCAAGCUGGCCAAUCCUCACUACCAGCCCGAGCUGCAAGCUCAGGCUACUCUGAUCAACUUCACCGUGACCAGGGAUGGCCUGGAAGACCAGCUGCUGGCUGCCGUGGUCAACAUGGAAAGACCAGAUUUGGAGCAGCUCAAGUCGGAGCUCACAAAGCAGCAGAAUGGAUUCAAAAUCACCCUCAAAACCUUGGAAGACAACCUGCUCUCACGCCUCUCCUCUGCUUCCGGGAACUUCCUGGGAGAGACGGCCUUGGUGGAGAAUCUAGAGAGCACCAAGCAGACUGCUGCCGAGGUGGAGACAAAGGUCCAGGAGGCCAAGGUGACCGAAGUGAAAAUCAACAAGGCCCGAGAGCACUACCGACCCGCAGCUGCCCGAGCCUCCCUGCUCUACUUCAUCACAAGCGACCUCAGCAAGAUCCACCCCAUGUACCAGUUUUCUCUCAAGGCCUUCAGUAUCAUCUUCCAGAAGGCUGUGGAGAGGGCCACUCCCAGUGAGAACCUCCAGGAGCGUGUGACCAACCUCAUGGACAGCAUAACCUUCUCAGUGUAUCAGUACACCACCCGCGGGCUCUUCGAAUGCGAUAAGCUGACCUACCUCACCCAGCUCACUCUUCAGAUUCUCCUGAUGAACCAGGAAGCCAACACAGCUGAGCUGGAGUUCCUGCUCCGCUCUCCAGUGCAGGCAGGCACCUGCAGCCCAGUGGAAUUCCUCUCGGAUCAGGCCUGGGGAGGCAUCAAGGAGCUUUCAUCGAUGGAAGAAUUCGCCCACCUGGAUCGGGACAUCGAGGGAUCUGCCAAGAGCUGGAGAAAGUUUGUGGAGUCAGAAUGUCCCGAGAAGGAGAAGUUCCCCCAGGAGUGGAAGAACAAGACAGCACUACAGCGGCUCUGCAUGAUGCGAGUUAUGCGGCCUGACCGGAUGACCUAUGCCAUGCGAGAUUUUGUUGAGGAGAAGCUAGGGAGCAAAUACGUGGUGGGAAGGGCACUCGAUUUUACAACCUCGUUUGAAGAGUCGGGACCCGCCACUCCCAUGCUUUUUAUCCUGUCGCCAGGGGUGGACCCGCUGAAGGACGUGGAAAACCAAGGAAGGAAACUGGGAUAUACCUUCAACAACCGGAACUUGCACAACGUGUCUCUGGGCCAAGGACAGGAAGUGGUAGCUGAGGCUGCGCUGGACCUGGCAGCCAAGAAGGGGCACUGGGUUAUUUUGCAGAAUAUCCACCUGGUGGCCAAGUGGCUGAGCACCCUGGAGAAGAAGCUGGAGGAGCACAGUGAGGCCAGCCACCCAGAGUUCCGGGUCUUCAUGAGUGCUGAGCCUGCACCCUCUCCCGAGGGCCACAUCAUCCCCCAGGGCAUCCUGGAAAACUCCAUUAAGAUCACCAACGAGCCCCCCACUGGCAUGCACGCCAACCUGCACAAGGCCCUGGACAACUUCAGCCAGGACACCCUGGAGCUGUGCUCCCGCGAGACCGAGUUCAAGAGCAUUCUCUUUGCCCUCUGCUACUUCCACGCGGUGGUGGCGGAGAGACGCAAGUUUGGGCCCCAGGGGUGGAACCGGUCGUACCCCUUUAACACCGGGGACCUCACUAUCUCCGUGAACGUGCUCUACAACUUCCUGGAGGCCAACGCCAAGGUGCCCUAUGACGACCUGCGCUACCUGUUCGGGGAGAUCAUGUACGGAGGCCACAUCACAGAUGACUGGGACAGGAGGCUCUGCAGAACGUACCUGGAGGAGCUCAUUAGGCCAGAAAUGCUGGCAGGGGAGCUGUCUCUGGCGCCAGGGUUCCCACUGCCCGGCAACAUGGACUACAGUGGCUACCAUGAGUACAUCGAUGCCGAGCUGCCCCCGGAAUCGCCCUACCUCUACGGCCUCCACCCCAACGCGGAGAUCGGCUUCCUGACCCAGACCUCGGAGAAGCUCUUCCGCACGGUGCUGGAGCUGCAGCCCAGGGACCGCCGAGCGGGGCAUGGAGUCGCCGCCAGCAGGGAAGACAAGGUCAAGGCCCUCCUGGAAGAACUCCUGGAGCGGAUGACGGAUGAGUUCAACAUCGCCGAGCUGAUGGCCAGGGCGGAGGAGCGCUCCCCGUACCUGGUGGUCGCCUUCCAGGAGUGCGAGCGGAUGAACGGCCUCACCAGGGAGAUGCGGCGCUCGCUCAGGGAGCUGGACCUCGGCUUGAAGGGGGAGCUGACCAUGACCAGUGACAUGGAGAACUUACAGAAUGCCCUGUACCUAGACACGGUGCCCGAGGCCUGGGCCAGGCGGGCCUAUCCUUCCACAGCAGGCCUGGCAGCCUGGUUCCUGGACCUGCUCAGCCGAAUCAAGGAGCUGGAGACGUGGACGGGCGACUUGGCAAUGCCUGCCACCGUGUGGCUCACGGGUUUCUUCAACCCCCAGUCCUUCCUCACGGCCAUCAUGCAGUCAACGGCUCGCAAGAACCAGUGGCCCCUGGAGCAGAUGGCCCUGCAAUGCGACGUCACAAAGAAGACCAGGGAGGAGUUCAGGAGUCCCCCUCGGGAAGGGGCCUACGUCCACGGGCUCUUCAUGGAGGGCGCCCGCUGGGACACACAGGCAGGAAUCAUCACCGAGGCAAAGCUGAAGGACUUAGCGCCCCCCAUGCCCGUGAUGUUCCUCAAAGCCGUCCCCGUGGACAAGCAGGAUUCCCGCAGCGUCUACUCCUGCCCCGUGUACAAGACCAGUCAGCGGGGACCCACCUACGUGUGGACGUUCAACCUCAAGACCAAAGAAAGCCCAUCCAAGUGGGUUCUGGCCGGAGUGGCCUUGCUUCUGCAAAUUUAG